AUGGUCCACCCCCCCGUCUUCAUCUCCUCAGAUCUCCUCGCAAUCUACACGAACAUCCAACGCCUCCUCCACCGCCCCUACACCUUCCCCGAAAUCUUCCACCUCUAUGCCAUUAAACCCGCCCCCACCCCAAACACCAAUCCCCUCGAAUACACCCCCCAAAACCCCACGGCCCCCGACUCCGCCGUCCCGCAACCCAUCUCCGUCGCCGCCCUCAACGCCGCCCUCCCUACAAAAAAUCUUGACCUUGCCCUCGACAUCAUCGCCACCACCUCCGCCGCCCCCGCGCAGCGCCGCGCCAAGCUCCUCAAGAAAGCCCUCCCCCCGGCCGUCGUCAUCGGCGCGUUCCCCGCCGUCCUCUUCAUCGGCGCCUCGCAGUUCGCCAUGACGCAGUCUGUUCUGCCGACGAGCACUGCGCUGACGGUGCUGUUCGGCGGGAUGCUAACCUACUUCGGGGCGACGGGGACGCUGGCCUAUGUAACGAUCACGACGGUGAACGAUCAUAUGGUACGGGUGACGUGGGCGCAGGGGGUGCCAUUGUGGGAGCGGUGGGUGCGCGAGGAGGAGAGGGCGGCGGUGGAUCGGAUCGUGUGUGCGUGGGGUUUCAAGGAGGAGGAGAGGUGGGGGGAGGAGGAGGGGGCGAUGUGGGAGGAGUUGAAGGAGUGGGCGGGGAGCAGGGCGAUGAUUGUGGAUCGGACGGAGUUGAUGGCGGGAAUGCAGUGA